CUUCCGGGUCGUGUCAUUCGUUUACAGGAUCACACAUGCUGCUGGUGUUUUGUUUUGCACGGGAUACCUCUACUAAAGCUGGGCAUUUAAAAUGUUGUUAUUUACCAGACUUACAGUGCCGUUGAGGACCAUUCAAAGGCUGACCAAGACACACAGAUGGCAUCAUACUAGUUUGACAAAUGACUUGAUUGAAAACAUGGACAAAAAAGCAACAUGGGACAGAUUCUACACCGAAAAUGGAAGUAAAGGCCAAUUCAAAAAUUUUGAGUGGUUCUUUGGAUUUAACUCAGUCAAGGACUUCCUUCUUCCUGUACUUCAGAGCAUGUCUCAAUCCCACAGUGGCCCACUGAACAUCCUUGACAUGGGUUGUGGCACAUCUGCAUUAGGACCUUGUAUCUACAGAACCUCUCCAUGUGCCGUCAAGGUCACCUGUGCCGAUAUCUCUUCAGUUGCAGUGGAACUUAUGGAGAAGCAUUGUAUGUCAGUGCAGCCAUUUAACUCAUCCUCUGCUCUUGCCUUCCUGGAGCUUGACUGCGCACAGUUGAGUGGAUACUUUGAGGCCAGAAGCCUGGACUUGAUAUUGGACAAGGGUACCACGGAUGCCUUAGUUAGGUCUAAAGAAGGUCAAGUUAAGGCUGGACAGAUAGUAAAGCAAAGUUUACAGGUGCUGAAGCCCUCAGGAGUCUCCUACAGUUCUCAGAUGAGGAUCCUGAUGCUAGGCUUGUAUGGCUUGAGAGGGAAGUUAGAAAAGCUACACUGGGAGCUGAUGUAAGAGUUCAAGAGCUGGGAGAAUUGAGAGGGGUCAGCUAUUUUUGCUAUCAAAUAUCACCUUGUUUUUCCGAAAAGGUUUCAAAGUGAAAAAGUGUUUGCACAAAUAUAUUGAACACUGAUAGCAUUUUUUUAUUUUGACACAAUGUACUUGUCUAAUCCAAAAAAAACAUUUACACUGUUUGCAGCGGAUGAAUAGGAAACAACACUAAACAAUUUUACAGAGUUCUCUAAAAAAUACCUUUUUAUUUCAGAAUUAAAAUAAAUGUUUAGUACUUGACUUUA